AGAAACGACUGAAAACAACGGAAAUCAGCCGACUUUAGGUUUUGAAUAUAAAUGAACCCACGGAAGUUCCAUGAGUAGAGCACGUGAACAGGGGCUGUCAUACGACAACAACGACACGCGGAAAAACACGAUGUCACGUUCGGGAAUAACAACAAAGAAACAUCUUUCGAUAAGAAUCGUGCUGUCGACUUACAAUUCAUUCGUUCAGUAUUUCUGACCGCCGUUUGACUUCAACGAAGCGAAGGAGUUAGUUCCCGACCUGGAAUACUCGAGUUUGGAGACAUACACAGUUUGAAAACCAUCCAUUUGCACCUGUCGACGAUUCACAAGCCUUCACCAAGCGAGGAAGAGGAAUGGAGUCUUUGUGGCGUUUUAAAUCCGUUGAGAACUCGUUCGUUGCCGUUCUGGAGCAGUUCUUGAAGACGGUGGAUCUGAUGGAUAACACAGUCUUGAUACCUAUGAAGUUGAUAGACUUGCCCGUAAAGGAUUUGAUGCCGGCGAGUGCUGCAGACUCGUAUCUGCAAAACAACAUGAACAUGAGAGCCUUCUAUUUCAUGGUCAAGGCGUUAGGAAUUAAGCUGUCACUUGGGCAUGGAGCAUCGUCCGAAAACGAAGCGAACAAUGUCCCGUUAGAGCGAGAAAUACAAGAUUCCUGCCAUCGUUUAAAUCAGCUCGCUUUACUGGCAAGGUACAUCAGGAAUGCAACGCAAAAUCUCAGCCCAAAUCAUGUGCUGCCUUCUUUCCAAGACUUUGAAAGUGAAACAGUGUUUCAUUCUGAAAACUGCCUGCUUGGAGCUCUGAAGAAGUUUGCUGAUGAAGUAGAAUCCUUGGAAAAGGCGGUGCUGUUUCCCUGUCUUCUCCGCGACCACAGCGUGAGCGAGCAAAUGCCUCAAUUCGACGAAGGAACCAAAACCUUGUACGAUGUGUUUAUUUUGCUGAAGAAACUUCGAACGGAACUGUUGUCAGGAUCCAGGAACAUCGAGCUUCCAGAUCCUAAACUGCAGCAAAAAAUGUCGGAAUUGAUUCAAACAUUUUUGGAGUACACGACUAUGGCUCGCAAUCUCACUGCACGCUAUGAAGAAGAGGUGCGAUGUGCUUGAUUUUGAACUUUAAUGUUAAUGUACAAAUUAACGAACAAGAGGGCGGCGGUUUGUGAAACUCGGCGGCCUCAAGUGAACUUAUUGUGCCAGUUUUCAGGGCACAGAUUUCUAAUGCUUUAACUAUUUGGAAGUUUCCAAACAGCCAACUUAAUACUGUAAUAUGGAGAAAAAAAGUUACCGUUCUGUAAAUAUUUCUGUUCCUUAAUGGUAUUCACUCGUUAAUAUUCUAUAAAAGAGUAGCGACUUGUACUAAAGUUAUGCAAAAAAAAAUUAAUUAUCACGCCAUCACAUGUAUCAUUUGAAAGUAUGUCGAUGUGCUGUUAAAAUAAAUGACCUUGAAAAGUA